CUAGGAUGCCUGGCUGCUUUAAAAAGACAUUAUUUGCCUUGGCUUCUCUAAUAAGUUUUGUGUCUUUUAUCUUGAUUGUUGUUGCAAUGGGGAUCCCAAAGUGGAUGACUGGAAAGAUCCUUUGCAAAACAGGAGCUGAUUUGGUCAAUGCCACAGAUCCAGAGCUGGUCAAGUUCAUUGGAGAAAUUUACUACGGUCUCUUUCGGGGCGGCAAAAUACGCCAAUGUGGCUUGGGCGGGCGGCGUUCCAAAUUCACAAUUUUCCCACACAUGGUGAAAAAGCUGAAUACAGGCCUACAUGUGAUGAUCAUAAUGUUCCUCUGUGUGGCCAUUUUCUUUUCUCUGGUCAGUUUUGGAUUCUGCAUUCUUAACGCAAUAAAAGUUCCUUACCGGGCUAUUAACGGUCCAGCAGGAGCAUGCCUUUGGAACUUCCUUGCAGGUGGAUUUGUAGUACUUGGAGUCACCAGCUUCAUGGCUGCUGUGAAACUUCAUCACCUCACAGAAAGGAUUGCCAAUUUUCGGGAAAAUGUCUUUCGGUUCGUUAUCUUAGAAGAACGCUUCGAAGACUGUUUUUGGAUUUGUGUGGCAAGUGCCACUGCACAUGCAGUGAAUUUGCUGCUAAUAGCCAUCAGUGGGAUUCAUUUCCCUAAAAUUAAGACUAAAACAGAAGAAGUGAAUGUUACAGCAGAAGAUAUCAUGUACUAACAAAGCUACACAAAACUAUUUUGGUCAACUGAACUGUUGUAACAGGAACAGCUUCUUGGCUCUUCAGCCUUUGUUUUGGAUAGAUGAUUUAUGUACAAACCUAAGAAAACAUGUCAUUCUACAAUACCAGCAACUAACAUAUCUGUAAAACAAAACAAAACAAAACAAAAAAACAAAAAACAAAUACUCUAAAUAUCAUUUUUCUCAAAACAGACUGAUAUCUGCAGUAAGUAUAUGGUGUUUCAGUUUUUAGAAAAUUUGCACCUUUUUUUUUUAGAAAGCGAAGGUAAAAUAUUUCAUCAAACCAAAUGUCUUCUUUAUUUAGAAAGACAACAUGCUUAUCACAAAUCUUUCAAACUAUAAGGUAAUUUCAAAAGAGAAAGAAUGUAUAUUUGGCAUUUACUUUCACAGAAUUGUCCAGAGCAUAUUAAGAAGGACAUAUCUUUGGUGUUAUACAGCAUUGAGAACUGUGAGGCUGAAGUUAAGGGGCAGCAAAGGCUAAAUGUGUGUGUAUGAAAUGUUUUUAAAACAGAAAUGAUCCAAUACCACAAGGCAAAGAAGUGAGAAAUGUAAAGUAUAUGGGAUGCUAUUAGUCUGUGAAAAAAGAUUUAUUAGCUGCUGGAUGACUGUUUUAUUGCAGCUUCUGGACGUAAACAGAUUAAGGGUAAUAGUGCUUUUAGAUAACCUGGAAAAUAUUAAUCUGACACAUUGAUUUUCUUCAUAACUGUGUUAAUUGUUAAGUCUAUCUGAAAUCAAGUAAAAGUGAUGUAUGAUGAAACAAUAUUGAAAUGGAUAGAACUGGCUAAAUGGAUGGAAAAGUUAUUUUCUUAGGAAGGACCAUAACUUUGACAAGGAUUCAACCAGUUCAUGGGUCCCAAGGAGCGAAUAUUUUUGAGAAAAGGAUAUGGAAUAUACCAUUAGGAAUGGAUACAGUGGCCUCUACCAUCUCUGGUUUGGCUCUGCAAGGUUAGCAGGAUUAUGAAUAAAGGAGAAAUUUGUGAGGGAGCCUUUGCAAUAGGCCCUACUAACCUAUUUUCUUCAAGACACCAUCAGCCACUUUUGUUUUUCAGAAGCACUAAAAUUAUUUUUAAAAAAAUUAAAGAUAGAUGGAAAAUUAUGAUGAGUAUAGAGAACUGUUACAGUUUUAGUAUAAAGGAGACUCAAUAAAGCAGAAAAAGUUCCUA